UUAAUUCCUCCUGAUUCUGAAAGGAAACAAAAAAAAAUGUACGAAGAUCAUCAAACGACGAAAUCAAGCGAAGAAGAAGGACACGUGGUUACUAAUUUCUCCGACAACAUGUUCGGUUCGGCGUCUUCGUCUCCGACCGGAACUGUCAAAACCCCUGAUUUCAAACUUAGCACCUUCCUAAACCCUAACUUCUCCUACAUUAUCCCGAAAGAAGAGUAUGGGAUGGUGAGCAUGACGGAGAUGUCAGGUUGGUCAACCGGGUCGGGUAAUAACCCGGUUGAGGAUAGCGCAAUCGAACAACAGCUUCCUCCGGCUAAGAAGAAACGGUUAUAUAAUAGACACAGUGCUCAUCAGAUUCAAGAAAUGGAAGCAUUCUUCGAAGUAAAUCCUCAUCCCAAUGACAGUGACAAAACGAGAUUAAGUGAAGAACUUGGUCUCACGCCUCUACAAGUCAAGUUUUGGUUUCAAAAUCGACGCAACCAAAUAAAGAUAGAACAAGAGAGAAGAGAUAAUGUGAUGCUAAAAGCAGAGAACGAGAAUCUCAAGACAGAGAACCGUCAGCUUCAGUUCGAUCUAGGACGCCUCUCUUGCUCUUCUUGUGGCGGCUCUAGAGACAAACUCCACCUCGAAAACUCCCGCCUCCGCCAAGAGCUUGAUCGAUUACACAGCUUCGCCUCAUUGAUGAAUCCUUAUCUUCCUCCACCAGAAACAGCCCGUCUUUUUGCAGACGCAAACAACUUGUUGAUUACUGAAGAAGAUAAGGCGGUGGCAAUGGAUCUUGCGGUUUCUUGCGUUCAAGAGUUGGCAAAGAUGUGCGCCACAGAUGAGCCGUUGUGGAGCAAGAAGAGAUCAGACGACGAGAGAAUCUCUUUGAAUGAGGAAGAGUACAAGAAGAUGUUCCGUUGGCCUUCUUCAGUGGAUGAUAAUCAUUUUCGUAGAGAAGCGUCAAGAGGUAACACUGUUGUCAUCAUGAACAGCAUAAACUUAGUCAACGCAUUCCUUGACGCUGAUAAAUGGUCGGAGAUGUUUUGCUCGAUGGUGUCAAGAGCCAAAACGAUUCAGAUCGUUUCUUCAGGAGUUUCUGGAGCUAGUGGCUCUCUUCUUCUGAUGUAUGCAGAGUUACAAGUACUAUCUCCAUUAGUACCAACAAGAGAAGGUUACUUUCUACGUUAUGUGAAGCAAAACGCUGAAGCCCGAAAAUGGAUGAUUGUAGAUUUUCCGGUUAACGGUUUGAUCAAACCGGCUUCGUCUAAUACUACUACUGAUCAGUACCGGAGAAUGCCUUCGGGUUGCAUCAUUAAGGACAUGUCUAACGGAUACUCACAGAUCACGUGGGUUGAGCACGUGGAAGUGGAAGAGAAGCACGUGCACCACGAGAUGGUUAGAGAGUAUGUAAAGAGCGGUGUAGCCUUUGGUGCUGAAAGAUGGCUAGCUGUGUUGCGGACACAGUGUGAGAGGAUGGCUAGUCUCAUGGCUACAAACAUCACUGACCUUGGAGUGAUACCGUCUGUAGAAGCAAAGAGGAUGCUGAUGAAGCUGUCGCAGAGUAUGGUGAGAACUUUCUGUCUGACGGUAAGCAAUUCGUACGGACAAGCACUGUCUGAAUCACCAAAAGAGACGGCGAGAAUCACAACCAGGAAAGUCUGUGGUGGUGUUGUUCUGUGUGCCGUCUCCACCACGUUACUUCCUUAUUCUCAUCAUCAAGUCUUUGAUCUUCUCCGAAAUGAUCAUCGUCGCUCUCAGAUGGAGAUGCUGUUCAAUGAGAAUCCGUUUCAAGAAGUUGCUCAUAUUGCAAAUGGAUCACAUCCAGGAAACUGCAUUUCUCUUCUUCACUUCCAUGGGCCGAGUAGUUCAUCGAAUAAUGUAGAGUGGAUGCUUCAAGAAACAUGCACUGAUAGCUCCGGCAGUCUCGUGGUUUACUCCACCGUCGACGCCAGCGCCGUUCACCUCGCUAUGAACGGCGAGGAUCCUUCUAGAAUUCCUCUUUUGCCCCUAGGGUUCUCUGUUGUUCCUGUGAAUCAACCCCAUGUGUUUGAGGGCAUUUCCGUCAAUUUGGCUUCUUGUUUGCUCACCGUUGCGGUACAAGUCUUGGUGAGCGACGUCACCACCGCAAGACUCAACGUUUCCACUGCAGCCAUCAAGAACCGCAUUUGCUCAACUGUCAGCCGUAUCUCAUCCGCGCUUGGAAGUCCUCUGCUGCCGGAGAUUCCGUCGAGCUUUAAACAAGAAAUGAGCAACUAAAGAGAAAGAUUUCGAGGUUAUUUUGGUAGAUAAAGCGCAGCUAAAGACUUAUUAGGCUUGUUUUGUAGAUCCCACGAGAAGGGUUAAACACUAAUUUUUUGGGGGAAGUCAAGAACGCACCAAGGCAUGAUUGAAUUUUUUUUCUGAACCGGGGUUUGAAACAUGCUUGACUGGUUCGGAAAUUGACUUCCAAUUUGGAUAAACCGAAAAGUUGAAUAUAAUGGCUAAUUAUUUUGCAA